AUGUUUUGGCAACGAGUAGUCCUUCUUCUUCUUCUUGCUUGCUGUUUAUCUAUAUCAGCAACGAAAAUUAUCAUUAUAAAAGAUGCUCGAUUAGUACCAUCGAAUACAACCGUCGUGUUAAAUGCAUUGUUUAACAUCACUUCGCAGUAUGAAUGCGUUUGUCAGUGCUUGAGUGCAUCUCAAUGCCGUACGGUUACCUACUACGGAUAUAAUAACACUUGCUCACUUUUUUCUACAUCCGUAAAACAAACUUGGCUCCGAAGAAUGUCAUCAAACCAAAGCACAAAUGUGAUUUCUCUGGAUAAUGGCACACUGAGUUCAUGCACUACAUACGAUUUUCAGCAACCGCCAUCUCUGUUCGUUACCAACGCAGGUCCUACAGCAAUGGUGUCUUCCGACUUCAAUCGAGAUGGCCAUAUCGAUUUGGCGGUGACCAACACCGAUGCGCAAAGUGUGUCAGUUUUCGUAGGCUUAGGUGAUGGAUCGUUCGAUGCAAAUGUGUUGACUUUUCCUACAAACGGUAGUAAUCCUUACUGGUUGACUGCUGGUGAUUUUAACAGUGAUGGACAUAUCGACUUAGCGAAUUGUAACGAAGGAUCAAAUACUAUUUCUAUUCUCUUUGGAUAUGAUAAUAGCUCCUUGUUUUCGGCACCUACAACUUUUUUAAGCGGUGGAACUUUACCAUCCUCAAUCAUCAAUGUCGAUCUGAACAAUGAUAUGAAAUCUGAUCUAGUCGUGACAAAUACAGGUAGUGACAAGAUUACUGUGUUUUUGAGCAACGGUAACGGAACAUUUCAAUUUCCUGGAUUAUCGAUGACGACUCUGACAUUACCGUCAUCAGUUGCCAGCGGUGAUUUCAAUUAUGAUGGAAAGAUGGAUUUAGCUGUAGCUAGUCGUGGCACCAGUCAGCUGUACAUCCUAUUUGGCUUGGGUAACGGAACAUUCCAAAGUAAUAUGUCUAUUUAUUCGACUGGAUCAACUCCAUAUCUCGUUCGUGCAGGAGAUUUCAAUGGAGAUGCAGUAUUCGAUGUUGUUGUGGGUAAUUUUUAUUCGAAUUCGGUCAACGUCUUCAUUAACAAUGGCUCGGGUGCGUUCAAUACAAUGUAUACGUAUACAACAUCCAUAGUAAAUCCAAUUGACAUUGCUAUACAUGAUUUAAAUGCAGAUUCGAUCGUUGAUCUAGCUGUUAGUAAUCAAGGUGGUAAUAUAACAAUCUACUACGGGACUGGUAAUGGAACAUUUGGUCUAGUGAAGUCCCUUUCAUCACAAGGUCAAACAUUGAAAUCAAUAAUCAUUUCCGAUCUCAAUGAAGAUGGCCUAGAUGACAUAGCGAUACUCAAUAGACAAAAUAAUAAACUGGCUGUUCUACUAGCAGAAUGUAUUUAA